CCGCUGCACUAAAUAGUGCAAUAAAUUCGAGUGAGACAAGUAUAUAUUAGUUUCACUUUAACUUAUUGCAUCAGUGCAGAGAUGCAGAAGAAAAGAAUAGAUCAUAUGUGUGUCGCGCGCAGUGAGCUUGUGCGAUUUACGAACGUAGACGGAAGAUGGCAUGGUCUAUUGUUGACCAGGAUUAAAAUGGCGGCCUGUAAUGGGUAAUGCGGGGCGACAUUGUGCACGGCGCACAUAAAUGCGACCACAGCGGUGACAAUAUAAAUAAAUGAGCUCGAUGCGCGAGAUUGAACCGUUACGACGCGUGUGCGUAUCCUAGGUGGUGUAGGCGGCGAUCAGCCGCGUGAUAAUGCUCGCCGCUUUUCUCAAUCAUGUGAGCCUAACAGCUCGCAGCUCAGUGGUGGUGGUGGUGGUGCUGCUGGUGCCGCCCGUGUAUCGCGUGUCGCGCGUUCACUGCGUUCUUCGUACUCGUGUAGCCAUAUUUACAGUGUUAUUCAUUACGACAACUUCGCAUAACCCGGCUUUCCGACAAGCAGCACGACACUCCACACCGCCGUCGCUGUUCCAUCAAACCCGUAUGACACGUACGUCAAAAGUUGCGCGUUUUUGAGUGAGAUCAGCGUUGUCGUUCUUGUGGUCGCGAAGCAACGGAUAUUGUUCCUGCAACUAGUAUGCGGUGGUCAUCCGGCUGUCUUCUUCAUCGGACACCUGCAUGCAACAGCCGUGUCGAUCAUCAUACAUAGCGACUGAGGAACAGUCAGCGUCACGACCUUGAUAUGCUAAGAGACGACGCUUCGUUGCCGGGACACGUCUAGAUCUCGCGAACAAACACUUUUGUCCGCUGGCUCAGGUGUCCACAUAACGUCGCAGAUUUUGUAUAGAACAGAAAAAUGGAGAUCCUUCAUUAUCAUACAACUAGUCCCAGUUGUUGGUUGUACUUUUCAUGACUGUGUGCAUUCAUUGGAAGUGUUUUUAGUGUUUCUGAUUUUGUACAAAAGUUUAAACAUAUAGACAUAUUAAAGUUGUGACAAAUAAAGUUAUGUUAUGAGUAUCUCGAAGUGUAUCUUCAACAUUCUAAACAGAGAGAAUCUGCUGAGCCUAUACCAAGCAAGGCACUAUAGUGCCAAGCUUGGGUAAUGGAUCCCGUUGGUUCAUGGUAUGCAUCAUAUAAUCGUCUCACCGCCAGCAGCAGCAGUGGUACAUUUCAAACUACAUCAACUACAACAGGUGACUUCGUAUCUCAUCAUUUAGCAACGGCUCCUACACAAACAGUGCCAUCGACAACGACAUCACAGUUACUGUUACAAGCGGCCCAUACAACAGUAACUCUGGCGGGUCAACCAUCUCCUUUUAACCCAGGGGGGUUUUUAUCUCCAUCCCCUGUGGGUUAUGACGUCUUUUCCCCCCUGUUCCAUCAUCCUAACUCCAAGCAGGCACAUUAUGUUACCCAACAUAGGCAAGCUCUUGCUCAAGUGCAAGCAGUAUCCGUGACGAAACAGAACACUACAACGGAGUCCGAUAUUCCUGCAUUGAGGGAGAAUUAUAGUUCAGCGCAUCAAGCUACGUUCUUUGAACAGCAAGGUGCAUCAACAUCACCUACAACAUCGACAUUAGCAUGGACGCAUCAGAAUAAUUCACAACUUCCUAGCCCUUUUGGCAUUUUACCACACGAAAGUGUUGUACCUUCAUCCCCGGGACCGCCAUCUACAAAGCCUAACAGCACCGUCUAUGAGAAUAAUUUCAACGCUCAUUUCAACACGACGCAAACUAUAAACAACAUCAAUUCUCAGUUAACCAGCCCAUCUGCGUGUGGUACAGAUUUCAAGGCGUCCGGUUGUCCAGACACAAAGAAGUCAGUCAAUGUAAGAUCUCAAUCACCUAGUACUAUAAACACAAAAUCCGUAGUUUCUACGUCGCAAGUCAGUAGCAGUCAAACGUUUUUUCAGCAAGUUCCGACGACGUUUACUUCCGACACCCUAACGAACAGUUAUACAGUGGGCAAUGGGAAUCAAUCGUCUGGUAAUGGAAAAGUACAGGCGUCUCUUCAUCAGCAAUCGUGUAUUGUGUCGACGCCAAACAAUACUUCUGGCAAAGAGUAUAGGAUACCGCAACCGCCUUCUAGAUCUACCACAUCGGCGACGAUCUUUUUGAACAAUUCCGUACGGUCGGGCGCAUCACAAAUUCAAGACAAACAAGGAGCGCGCAAUAGCAACUUCACAUCGCUGCCUAACAAAACGACAGCUGCCACGCAACAGAGUAUCCAGACUAAGGCGCAGACAAAGAUAUAUCCGGAAUUGGGAAGCCACAUCGAGCAUCGAAGAAACGAGCCACAGGGACAUGAUAACAAUCAAUCAUCACCGAUUAGCUUCUCCAUUAUGGACAGUCGUGGCUUGAAUUACGCUGCGAAUAAUACCGCAAAUUGUAACAAUACUAACGGCAAGCUUACGGGUAAUCAAAGAACGUCAUCUAAUGGUAAUUUACAAUCACAUCCUCAACAGCAACAACAACAGCAGCAAACGUUUCAUGUAUUAAAUCAGCAGCAGCAACAACAACAACAGCAACAACAGCAACAACAGCAACAGCAGCAGCAGCAGCAGCAAACUGCAUCUUACAGACAUUAUUUGACGGGAUCAACGAAUGAUACAGAAUAUCAUCAUGCAGGCAGAUCGAAAUCUGUGACUUCGACGGAUUCCGCGUAUUCUUCUAAUACAGCAAGUCAGAAUGGACCUGAUUGUGGCGUCGUCGUUCCACGACGACCGAGUCCUUUGCAAGCUCAUUCGCAAGCUAGUCCGUUGGGUCAUGUUCCAAGUCCAGCGUAUCCCAUGUAUAACAGUCCAAUGGCGACAAUGUCAUCACCUUCUCCGUUACAGCAGCAUGCUGAAAACAACGGUAACCAAUGUGCCAGCAGCGCGCCAUACAAAAGCGGAAUUCAACAACAAGUCACUCCACCAUCACCUUUGGAUGUUACUGUUUCUAGAUCAGCAUCGCAAGGACAGGUUGCUUACUCGUCAGUAAUUACUCGAGCACUGGGUACCACGGAAAACAAUAAAGCCACGUACAACACAGAGAAUAAAACUUACGACAGGCAGCAGCAACAACAGCAAGAUUUUGCACAAGCACAGAAACAACAAGUUUGUUGGGAGACUGAUAAUCGGCAAACAAAUAGUAAUAGGAAAUUCGUCGCUGUAUACGCCGGUGCAAAUACCGAUAUAAAUGCACAAAAUUUACCAGUUCAGCAGCAAGUACAACGGCUUGUGAAUGUAUCGGACAGACAACAACCGUAUUUUGAGACUAAUCAGGUGGCGUUGCAAGACUUGAGCAGUUGUAGAGGAGAUCCUAUGAGUAUCGUGAAAAAUUUGCAAACGUUACAAGGUCCCUGUCAUAUACAGCAGCAUGUUGCCGUUACUACUCCGACUAGUACAACAGAACAACAAAAACAGGUCGAGGAACGACGUAAAGUUGACAAUGCCAAUAAAAAGAAAAAAAGUUUGGAGAAAGGUGGACAUGGGACGUCGCUAAAUGAACUCACGAGCACUACAACGAUGACGGAAUACCUUAGUAGAAUACCUCCGCCAGCUCACCAUAAUGCGAAUCAACAACAACAAAACGGUUAUUUCGAUUUUGAACGAUGGAACUUACCACACCCGCCAGCUAAGAUGUUUCCUACUGCAUCUGGUGCUUUCAGUUCUCAGUCAUCGUUACACCACACGAGUAACUUUGUUGGCACUCCAGCUCAUCAACAUCAGCCGUUGAUGGUGUCGCAUCAUCAUGCACCGCCGCCUAUCCCAUAUUUUCCCACUUUCCAUAUCCCGACAGGUCACCACCCACAUCAUCCACACGAGUUUCAGUCUUCGGUCGACAUAACGCCAAUAGGAUUCGGUGAGAGCGCUACGAAUCAAAACUCUAAUUACAAUCAAGAAGUUAGAAAUGACCAACCUAAAGUAAUUGUUCCUAAUAUCGAGGAAGAGCUAGGUUUUCUUCAACAAGAUCAGCAGCUAAUGCCAACUAUGAAUCAAAUAAAUAAGGACUUCAAACGACCCAAUAAGGAUCAUAAUGUGGGUUUCAUGACGAGUUACUUGAAAUUUCUGCAAGGUGAGAGGGAUCCUUCACCACCACCUGCUAUACGCGGUGGCAGGAAAGCAGCGUGGAAUAGGUCAAAGCCAUACAUACCGGUUGAGCCAAGUAAACCCGCAGAAGCUUCAACGAACGGUGAAACUGUGAAACUUCAAGAGAAAUUAACUUCGCUCAAGGAGACACCAGCAAUAGAUUACGCUAAUGAUCCUAGAUAUUUCCCGUUACCGAAAGAAAGGAAGAAGCAAAAUUUCGACUCGAGUGACGACGGAUUUACUAGCGAUGAUGAUUUUCUAUUUCCACCAAAAAAAACUGAGAAAAAAAUACAGAGCACAAAUAACACAGCUAAUACUGAAGUUGUCGCCAUCAAACCAGAAGGUCAGAAAUCUAGGAAAGGGAGACCCAUUAAACCUGGCGGACCCACAGAUAGGAAAAGAAGAGCAGCUGCAGCGGCAGCAGAAGCGGUUGUGAAUAGUCCUAACGACAAAAAAGUAUCAAAAAAGGUUGAAGAAGUGGAUCCUUUACUCCUUCCUCCAAGACGCGAAACCUCGAGAAGAAAGGCAAAAGAAAAAACUUCGGUGAAACAAUUCUUGGACCGACAACAGGGUAUAGACUAUUUUGACAAUGAUGAGGAACAGGUUGACUCUGAUUCCGAUCCAGCAUGGACGCCUGCCGUAAAAUUGGCUGGAGACGAAGAAGAAAAAAGAAAAAAACGUGCGAGACCGGUCAUCACGAAGAAGAUCAGGAAGAUCUUGGAAGAAGAUGGAUAUUCGUCCGGGGAAAUUAUUGUUACAAAAAAAUCAACUAAAAGGAAGCAUGAAGUGUCUUUAAAGAAUUCUUAUAAUUCUUCCAAAAUUUCUUGUAAAAUUGACGAAAAACUAAUUGCAUCUGUGAGUGACGAGGAUAUCGAUAUUUCUCCAUUUAAGCAUUCAGUAGGCAACUCGGAAGAUGCGUCUGGCGAAUUUGUCGUAAUUAAAACGGAUUUGGACGAAGAAUAUCCUCCUCUUUGGAGGAUAGAUGGCAAAACGUUACUUCAGAAAUAUGAACCAUUCAAAUCCAACGGAAAAACUUUAUAUAGAAACAUAUCUACGUAUUCUGGAUGGGCUCCACAGAAUCGUCACAUAUAUCAACAAGUACCAGUCAAAUUUUUACAACAAGGCAAAAUAGAAACUAUUGUGGAAUUCUUGAGAGACGAGAUGAUUAUCGAUGACAGCGAAAGUAUCGAUAAGUCUAUGAAAGAUACUGAGAAAUAUCAAGAUAAUUUCGAAGUAUAUAUACAAACAUUAAUUUCGCAAGCUUUGGAUUCCAAUUUUCUUACCGAGAUCUUCCAAGAACAAGAUGAUUAUUUCUUGUCAAAUGUGAAAACUGUCGAUGACGUGACCGACGAAAGGAAGCGUCGUCUUCUGUCCACAACGAAAUGGAAACAGAAUAUUGUAACGGCGAUAUCGACAUGGCCGUGUCUCAAUGUGCUUAAGGACCUACCGGAACAUAAAGGAAAGUAUUGUGCUGGUUGUCAGCAGACUAAAAUCUAUGCGAGAGUUCUGCUUUAUGGACAACCAUAUAAUGGCACUACGUUGGAAGGUUCACAACCUGAUCCAAAAGUAUCUUAUGAAAAGGAUUUUCUAUUUUGUCGCAUUUGCCAAACGAAAGUAGCAUUGUACAAUAAAGUUGCUCAUCAAAAAUAUUUGAUGUUUUUGGAAUGCGCGGGAAGAGUGACUGAAAAAAGGGUAGCAGAUCCGCAUAAGGACACUACAAUAAUAUUAAAUGAAUUAUUAGCAGACGAAGCAUGGUUGAAUCAGCUUUUUAAGGAAGUGAGGAGUAUUUGGGCUGAGAUAGACAGUAUGGAGCAACAAGCUAAAAUAAAAGUGAAAUCGAAAGCAACAUUGCCAUCGUCAACAAUUGCAAGUACUCCUAACGUACUUACGUUUAAGGAGGCUGCUAAUCCUUCUGAUUCACAGGUGCCUAUACAGAAUACUGAAAAAAAUUCCCAAACGGUACCUUGCAACAUGCAGGUGAGCAACAUGUCGUCUUAGUGCUAUUGUGACAACUGUUUACAUUUGAUACAAAGUGCACGAAAUACAUUUAUACGGGUCCAUUGAUACACCCGAUGCGUGAACAUUUGUGUGCCCAUUCAGAUACCAAUCAAAUGUUUUAUUGCGAAAAUGGUGAUAAGUCUUAUUGUAAAAAUUAUAUACUGUAUAUGUAUGCAUGUGUGUGAGUGAGAAAGAAGAGAUCAAACUAAGAGCGUAAUUAAGAGAUCAUAGAGAGAGUUGUAGAGGUAAGCUAUAUUAUGACGUAUAUAUGUGUGUGGUUGUAUACACACCACACGCUAUACAGAUAUACACACACACACACGCACGCGCGCGCAUACACACGCACGCAUAUGUAGGUAUAUACAAGGUGUUUCUAAACUCAAUGCUAAAACUAAUAUAUAAUGACUUUAGUAUGUGAAAACAGAUGGGAAAUGCCUAAUAAAUAUAUAUUCGAAUUAGAACGGUUUUAAAAUUGCAAGAUAUUAAAGUUGUUUUUGUGAGAAAACAUGAAUUGAAGUAAACAUGAUUUGAAAUAUUGUGUAAUGUUCUUUAUUCCUUAUUGUUUAUUCUUUAUUGUUUAAAGCUUUACAAAAGCUCAAAAAUUUCUCUAUCAAAUUUGAUACACUGUUUAACACAAUUUAAUAAAUUAUUUUGAAUUUUUUUCACGAUUCCGAAUAAAUAUGCCUUUGAACUAUGAAUUCAAAGACAUCUUACUCUCUUGUAUACACAAUAUUAUAUAUUUAUAUAGUUAUAAAUAUUGUACAUAUACGCUACAUAUGGAACACACACACAUACAUAUAUAUUUAGUAAAAGGUUCACAUAUAAAUAUAUCGAACAUAUGUAACAUAUUCACAUUUAAUAUAGAAGUUACUUCUAGCCCAAAUUUUGCCAUUAUAAUAGCGUAUAAAUGAUAGCAUAAUAAUAAUAGUGAAAACUGAUAUCCAUGUGAAUAUAGGCACCUAGAGCUUAGUCUUUAUAUCGUGAUAAUCUUAUAUGUAAUGUUAAGCUCCAAUGUAAUGAGAUCUGAAAUAUGUUAACAUAUUACAGUGAUAUGACGUAUUAAGCGUCACUACUUUCUGUAUCAUAUUUACAUCACGUUUUAUCAAAUCGCGAAAUUUAUAUUCUGUGUAGUGAAUAGAAAGUACUACAUUAUUUUUCUGAAUAUCUGUUGCAACUGUAAUUAUUUGACGGGGCAAUUUACAGCAUUUAUGUAUUGUUUAGAAUAAUUUGAUAGAGUUUACGUCGAUUGCUUAUCCUAAAUUUUGUCUUUUAUUUGUUUGUUGUGUGUAUGCGUCGUGUGUAUGUGUGUGUGUGUCUAUGUGCGCGCAAGAAUAUGCAGAAUUACGCGAGAUAUAAGAAUAAUAAGUAUUAUUUGUACUUAUUAUUCUUAAAAUAAUAAGUUGUAAAAAUGUAAUACGAGUUCAAGUUAUUUCAAAACAAGGCUCUAUGAUAAAUGCAAUAUUUUUGAAACAUUUUCUAUGAAUUGCGAGAUUUAAUAUAUUUACAUAUAAAAACAUUUUUAAUGUAUACGUUUUCGUGUAUUUGGUAUAUUUCUAAUGCGUCACGUUUCUACAUUGGUCAUUCGCAUUAGUAUGUUGAGUAAGUGUUUCUUCCAGUGCAACAUAAGAAUAACAAAUAUGUAAUUCUCUUCCAUAUUACAAUGAUAUAUGUAUAGAUGAGUUCGCAUGCAUUAUCUUAAUAUUUUAUUUUGACAAUUUCUAAAAAUCAAUGAUAUCUAUCUAAAAUUUGUCACGAUAUGAUGCAUAGUGAUAUUUCAUUAACAUUUUUUGUCAAUAUAAAAAAGUAUUUAUUUAAGAAUUUGCAAAUCUGAACCAUAGAAAUGUGAGUGAUAGAUUAUUUAUGUGAGAAUAAUCAGUUAUUAUCAAUUUACAUAUGACAAUAUCAUUAAUAGUUUUUUUGUACAGGGACAAAUACACAUCGAAGUAAUUUUUAAGUAACAAUGAACAAAACGAAGUGUUGCUCGCUUUAGAAAAACACAACUAUUUUUGUGUUUACUGACCAAUACUUAUUUGUAGAAUAUUUUAAAAUAUCGGAGCUUGAUCACAUUUGGCGUAAAUUACGGGAAAGAAAAAUAUAUAUUCACAUUAUACGUUAAGAUCAGAUUCUUUCCAAUAGCUGAUAAGUAUUUUAUGCUAGCGUGAUAUUCAUCGAUAAUUUUACUGUACAUUAAAUACCAUCCCGUUACAUUACGUGACACGUUUGUGCUUAUUAUAAAUCUAAUUAUUAGAUCUGUUUGUUUUCGAAUAACUUCUGAACUAGUGCAAUAAGUCAGAGUGAAACAAAUAUAUUUUCUUUCAUUCUAAUUUAUUGUAUCAGUAUGUAAUAGUUCAGAAGUCCUUUGGAAACAAACUUAUUACUAUUAUAUUAUUAUUGUCGUCAUUAUUGAUAUCAUUGUUUAAAGCUUGAACUGUUUAAGUUUUUAACCUGUUUCUAGAUUUAUUAGAAAAAAAAGGAAUAUUCUCUAAAGGAGCGGAAUGGUGAUAAACGUGUGUGGCGCGAAUGUAUUUUUCGAAGAUGAUGUAUCAAAUUAUAUUUGUAAAUUGUAAAAAUGUAAUAGCGAGCGAAGAAGAGAAUGGUUAGUGCGUACCAGGUGACAAGCAAGAGAGCUUUAGGUAUCUCAUAUUUCGACGAGUCGAAAUUUAUAUUAACAUCGAUCGCACAAGCGAUUGGUUGUGUAAUAAAUUAUUGGUCUACAGUCUAUCAGACGGACUAAAUAUGCGGGCAUUUAAACACGGGCGCAGUAAACGAAUAAAGGAAAGUACGCAGCUAUGGAAAGUUUUUUUUCAGCAAAUGUGCCAUGCAAUAGUUCGUAUUGAAUGUAAUUCGUACCGCAUGCGACAGUUCGAUCCACAGCACAAAUCGCGAGUAAAAUUGAUUCAAUUCUCUUCCAUAUAUAUAAGGUCGCAUUGUCACACGCGGUACUCUCACUUAAUAUACAUAUUGUCAAUAUUAUAUAAAACAAGACUAUUAAUAUUAUUGUUAUAUUGUAUUUUCUUUUCCUUUCGAAACUUCGGGAUUGUAGUUUAUUUGUUCAACUGUAAAUUACUUAGUGUUUUCCCCCAACAAUUUUUUACGCGACUCGACUACAAUGGUUUAUUAUUAAUUGUAAUAAAAAAAAUUGCAGUAUUUUCUGUUAUCGCGAUCGAAGAAAAGGUACGAUCAAAAUAUAAAUAUUAUAGUAAGACAUU